AUGUUCCGUUUCGUUACUAUUCUCGCCCUUGUCAUAGUCGCCAGUCUCUUGACAGCCGCUGCACCAGCAGGCAAAAUAUUCAAUACUCCAGCAGCCCACAAUACCAAACGCUCGUCCUAUAGCGGAAAAGGCACAUUCUUUACUCCCUCUAUCAAUGGUGGAUCUACUGGCUCCUGUGGCGAAUACGAGGCUGAUGAUGAAUACGUUGUUGCCUUGAAUGCCAAGCAAUAUGGCUCUCUAACAUCCAAAAGUGGCUGGUGUUUUAAAAAGAUCCGUAUUCAUCAUGAUGGCAAAGAAGUUGAAGCUACCAUCAAAGACGCUUGCCCUGAAUGUCAAUAUGGCGAUCUCGAUUUGGGUCCUAAGGUCUUCAAAGAGUUAGAUACUCUCGUCAAAGGCAUCAUUGAUAUCACUUGGGAAGAAGUUUAA